AUGGAGAAGGGGAUAGAUGUCUACAUCGAAGACGACGACGAAGAGACCCCAAUGUCCCUGGCCUUCGCCUGUCAAGCUGCUGAUGUUCUCGACCUAUUCUCAAAGUGCGGGCUGCGGGAGGAGGACGACAGCAAUGACAGUGACGAUGAUACCGAGGAGGAUACCGAGGAGGGUGAUCGAAUCUCAGAACAUCUGCCUUGCCACCUUUUCUGGCGGUUUUAA